AUGGCAAGCUCCUCUAGUUUUGUUAACCUCUUAGCGAGCCAAGGGUCAGUUGACCUUGACUCUUUAGAAACUCCUUUGUUUAGUACCCAAUCUCCGCAAGAGUCAAGUGUGAAAGAAAGGAGAAAGUGGUCUGUGAAGGAGGAUUUAAUCCUUAUUGGUGCUUGGCUCAACACCAGCAAAGAUUCAAUAGUCAGUAACGAACAAAAAGGUGCUGCCUUCUGGAAGAGGAUUGUAGAGAACUACAACUCCAGUCCUCUCCUCGUUGGGACAGUGCCAAGAGAACUAGGGCAAUGCAAGCAAAGAUGGGCUAGGAUCAAUGAUUUGGUCUGUAAGUUUGCUGGCUGCUACGACAUGGCACUGAGGGAGCAGAGAAGCGGGCAAAAUGACAACGAUGUGAUGAAGGCUGCCUUGGAUAUCUUCUACAAUGACAAGGGCAUUAAGUUCAACUUGGAACAUGCGUGGAGGGAGCUUAGGCAUGAUGUGAAAUGGUGCUCCACCUAUAUGGAGAAGGACAAGGAUAAGCGCAAAAAAAGUUGA